AGACGGAACCGAGACGCCGGAACGAGCCAUGGCACUUCCCCGAUUCUCAGAAGACGAAAUAGAAAAGAAUGUGAGCUCGCAAAGGUCUCUUGCGCUGUACCGAAUCCAGCUUCUGGGAUCCGAGGGAGAUUGUACCGGCGAUGGUGAUGACGGAGAACAAUCUGUCGGUUUUGCGUCCUUGUUCUUGCCCCUUCUUCGUCACUCCACGGACUACUUUCUUGUGCUUGUUUCCAAAAGUCAGAGACACGACGAGAACGAUCCUAUCGCACUGUCCGAAGCUCCCGAAACGAAGCAUCUUGUGCGGCUGCUGAAACUAUAUGGACGAAUAUCUCAGCUCGAUCCGACUCUCGACGAAGAGAUCGGAAUGCAGGGAGCCCACCUCUGCCUUUCCAGGAUUAUCAAGCUCGACAUGUUUUCCAUCGAUUGCUGCCAGGACUCCGAAGAGAACCAGGACACGGUCAUCGAGAUCCAGGACUUGGCCGCCGAAAUUGCUUCCUACUCCAAGUCGUUCCCGCUUCCGGCUAGCCCCUUUCUACACGAGGACUUGCUGGCGCGCCUUCCGCUGGUGUUCAACAUCCACCCGGUGCCACACCCGGGAAGCAACCGAAAGGACGGUGAUUCCGCAGCAACUACGAUCCUCAUCCACCAGGUGACGGAACGGCAGAGUGCCCAAAAAGACGUCGGGUUCGUCAUGUGGCCCUCGGCGGUGGUUCUCUCACGCUGGCUGGUUUCUAACCCCGACGAGGUGCGGGGAAAAAGGGUUCUCGAGCUGGGUUCUGGGUGCGGUCUUACCGGACUGGUGGCCGCGAAGAUCCUUCGGGAUUCCGAACCGCGGGAAGGCAGCAAACGAUCCUUGGCGGAUACCGUGUCGCGGCCGGCAGCUUCAACCAACAAACCAUCGCCAUCCGGUCGCGUGAUUCUCUCCGAUUUCAACGAGACAGUGGUCAAAAACCUAAGGGGCAACAUCGCGCUGAACCGAUUGGAAGGGGUGGCCGAAGCAGAAGGCCUCGAUUUUUACCAGCAGGAUCCCGGUGGGAACGGCUGGGUGACCGUCGACGGAAUCGAGCGAACGGAGGGCGCCGAUCUGGUGAUUGCCGCGGACGUGAUCUGCCAACCGGAAGACGCCUUUGCCACGGCCCGCACCAUUGCGAGUGCCCUGAACGAGGGCUGCAAGGCCGUUGUGGUGAGUGCCGAUUCGAAGCACCGGUUUGGUGUCGAAAAACUAGAAGAGGCAUGCGCAGCAGCGGGAUCCCUGUCGGUGCUGUCAAAAACCAGCGUCUGUGACUACCUGUCGCCGCAGAAGCAUCCCUACGACCCGACUUGUAGUCCGGGAGACGAGGACAUGGAAAAGACUUCUGGUUUUGUUCACGGCAUGGCCCUGACCAUGUACACGAUACUAAAGACCGGGGAAGGCACCCCAUGACGAGCGGGUAGUUUUAGUUUUAUUUCUAUGCAUGCCAACUAGAAUACAAACUUUGACAUUUU